UUAAGUGACGUCAGCCGUUUGCUUUUUUGUGUAUCAAUUCCGUAAACAAACAAAUGUACUUAUAGUCAUGUCGGCCGUGUGGGGUGCAGCACAUUCUCUGUUUUUCUCGGGUCAUUUUAUCCAGACCGUCGCGGUAUGUUUCGUCGUUUUCCUGAUCAUUCUCGUCUUCUUCAAACGACGUAAGAACCUCCCACCGUCACCGAGUGGGAGCUGGCCUGUUGUCGGCCACCUGUUGUCCCUCGGCCGAGCGCCCCACCUGAAGCUUACGGAGUGGAGGAAGCAGUAUGGCGACGUGUACACUGUUCGAAUGGGGAUGGAAGACGUGGUAGUUCUGAACGGCUACCGGGCCAUCAAAGAGGCGCUUGUGGACUACAAGGACGCUUUCUCCAGCAGGCCAAACAACUAUGUGCUGAGUCUGUUGACUGGCUUUGGAAAAGACAUCGUGUUCUCACCAUUCAACCAAGCCUACAAGGAAAAACGCAAGUUUGCCUACAGUGCGCUGAGAAACCUGGGAAUGAGAAUGGGGCCGGGCAGUGUGGAAGAGAACAUCAGAGAAGAGGCUCGUCAGCUCUGUCUGAAGCUGUCCGAGCAAGGGGGCGCACAGCCACGUGACACCGCCGACAACCUGACUGUGUCAGUCGCCAACAUCAUCUGCUCCAUGGUGUUCGGGAAACGUUACGACUAUGAUGAUGAAAAGUUCCUCCAACUUUCCAAGAUCGUCAACAAGUUGGUCGCCCGUGUCGGAUCCAGUCAACUGAUGAUGGUGUUUCCUUUUCUACGAUUCGUACCUGGAGUAAAUUCAAGAAUCAAAAAUAUUGUGGAAGACAGCAAAGAGGUCAUCGCAUUCGUUCGACAAGAAAUUACGAAGCAUCGCGAGACCCUGGACAGCGAGAAUCCACGAGACUUCAUCGACCUCCUCCUCAUCGAACUACAGACUCAAAACAAGACCGACUGUUUUACAGAGGAGAACAUUGUGUGGAUAAUUCAAGACCUGUUUGUUGCUGGAUUGGAGACAACGACCACUACCUUGCGAUGGGGUCUUCUGUACAUGGUUCUGUGUCCAGAGGAGCAGCAGAAGGUACAGGCUGAGCUGGACAGUGUCCUGGGAACAGGCCAUGACGUGCCCACCCUGGCCCACAGGUCCCAGCUCCCGUAUACCGAGGCUACUAUCAUGGAGAUCCAGCGCAUCAGGACCAUAACUCCCCUUAGUGGCCCUCAUGCUACCACAGAGAACACGACUUUCCGAGGCUAUGCCAUCCCAGCGGGAACGCAGGUUUUUCCCAACCUGUGGUCAGCUAAUAUGGACCCAGAAUACUGGCCGGACCCAGAGAAGUUUGACCCCCGUAGAUUCCUGGACUCUGACGUUAAACUGGUUACCAGGCCGGAAUCCUUCAUGCCUUUUUCUACAGGCCGCCGUGUUUGCCUCGGUGAGCAGCUGGCUAAGAUGGAGCUCUUUCUGCUCUUUUCUUCCCUCCUGAAGCACUUCACCUUCAAGUUGCCAGAGGGCGCGGCUGCACCUUCGACAGAUGGUAUCACGGGAAUCACUUUGGUCCCACCAAAAGUAAACAUGUGCAUCACCAAAUGCUAGGGAUUCAUGUCUCAACGCAAUUUGUGUUUUAAAACAGAUAUUUGCUUACAAUACACAAUACCUGUAUUCAAGAAGGCUGUGUUACCUUUAGAUAUCAUAAAUAUUGACAUUAUGCCAACUGAAAGGUCGCCGUUGUCGUCGUCGUGGUUCUCCCGUCGUUUACGACGGAUGAGCGUCUCUGACACCUCGUCCUGACAAAUGUGUAUCAAGUCCAGUCCUAGCUUUCCUCGUCGCUAAAUGGUAAAUAUAUGUAUAUUUGUAUUAAUCAGCAAACACAUAUCUGUACGUAUAUUUCAAGGACAUAUAUGUCAUAUUGCACAACCUCGGCCUACUGUAGAGAACAAUCACUAAUAACAAUUACCAAGAUAAACAUAAAUUUGUUGGUGCGACUAUACAUAGAUACAAUUGUGACCACCUCGGGUAUUAAUACCAUGCAUGUAGGUAUCUGUAAAUCUGGUAUUAAAACGAAAAAUUUCUGAUACCUCUGAGAUUGAAACGAGAAAGUCACAAAGCUCUUUAAAGCCUCUCUCAGCCAGCUACAUGUUAAAAACUCUUCUAAUAAAAUGAAUGAACGCAGGCACCAAACUUCA